AUGACAGCAGUCAGCGUUCCCACCGAGAGUGCGCCUGUUGACACCAGUGGCAGUAACAGUGAGCCAGAUGGUAGACCACAGGGUACUUCAGCUAUCGAUUUGAUCGACCUUACCAUGGAAGUCCCCAACAUCACUGGUAAUUAUCCUAAGACCCUCGUUCUCGACAUUGGCGGCCGCAAGUUCAAGGUCUCGCGCGAUACCCUGCAGGCAGAGUCAGGCCUUUUCCGACACCAACUCUCCGGCCGCUUCCCUUGGGAGCCUGAGACGGACGGCUCGUACUUUCUUGAUGCCGACCCCGAUCUCUUCGAGCACCUAUUGCGCUUUAUGCGCCGCCCCGAGGUACUACCGCUGUUCUAUGAUGCGGCUAAAGGAUUUGACUAUGAUCUGUACAAUCGUCUGGAGGCCGAGUCGCAGUACUUCCAGAUCAACGUGUUGCAUGAGUGGAUCAAGAACAAAAAAUACCUCAACGCUAUCAGAGUCCAAACCUACGACGCGAACAUCCGAGGCAUCGGCGCGAUUGGCCCACAGUACUUUCCCGCGAACAAGACCGAGGACUGGUAUAGCAUUCAGAAAAAGCAAAAGAUAUAUCUUUGUCCCCGCCAGAUCCCAGCUCACAGAGGGCGUUCGGAGUUGUGUGGCAUGGCAUGUCAUAAGAAGCAAGCGGAGCACGCGUUGGAGUAUGAGGAGGAGUCUUAUCUGGAGGUGGUAAGCGUACAGAAGGAGACUGUGUUCGACGCGAAAGUCUGCACGGUGGAGUGA